CACCUCUUCUCUAGCUUCAGAGGAGUCGACAGGUCGAAGUGCUGCGACAGUACUGAAUACGUUUCCCACCGUAUUUUGUCACGUUAAGUGUUGUUUCCAGUUUGACAGAAGGCAAUGAAUCACGACAUUCUCAAAGAAAGGCAAAAUGCCACUUUUGACGUCGAGAAACUCACUAAUAUUUUGGAUGGCGGCCCUGAAAAGACCAAAAGAAGACGAGAAAUUGAGUCAAUGGUACUUAGUGACCCAGACUUUAAGGAGGAAGAUCCAAACUUCCUGUCCCGCAGUGAGCGCUAUGAACAAGCUGUUCGAAAAAGUGCCCAAAUGAUCCUGAAGCUCAGAGAGUAUGGCAUUGCAGACCCAGAGGAGAUCAUCUGCUACAAGAGUAUGGAAAAAGGGCACCAGCAGGAGGCGUUGGGGCUUCAUUAUGCCAUGUUCCUCCCAACGCUGUACAGCCAGUGUGAUGCUCAGCAGUCCAGGAAAUGGUUACCUUUGGCCGAGUCCUUCCAGGUCCUGGGCACAUAUGCUCAAACUGAGAUGGGUCAUGGUACCCACCUCAGAGGACUGGAGACCACUGCCACAUACGACCCAGCCACACAGCAGUUUGUGUUAAACAGCCCUACCGUCAGUUCCAUCAAAUGGUGGCCAGGAGGACUUGGAAAGACAUCAAACCAUGCCAUUGUAUUAGCCCAGCUUCAUACUCAGGGAAACUGCCAUGGUCUGCAUGCUUUCAUCGUACCCAUCCGCGACAUGAACACUCACGACCCCCUGCCAGGCAUUGUGGUCGGAGAUAUCGGACCGAAGUUUGGCUUCAGUGAAGUUGACAAUGGCUUUCUGAAAAUGGAUAAUGUACGAAUUCCACGGGAGAACAUGCUGAUGAAGUAUGCUAAGGUGGAGCCAGAUGGGACCUAUGUGAAGCCUCCCAGUGCUAAGCUGACCUACGGUACUAUGGUGUUCAUCCGCUCCAUGAUUGUCGGGGAGUCAGCCCGGGCGCUCGCCAAGUCCACCACUAUCGCCAUUCGCUACAGCGCUGUCCGACAUCAGUCUGAAAUCCGAACCGGAGAGCCAGAGCCUCAGAUCCUCGACUACCAAACACAGCAAUAUAAACUGUUUCCUCUGCUGGCUACAGCCUACGCCUUCACUUUUGUCGGCCAGUACAUGAACCAGACCUACCACCGCAUCACUGGAGACAUCAACCAGGGGAACUUUAGCGAACUGCCAGAGCUUCAUGCCCUUUCUGCAGGGCUGAAGGCCUUCACCACCUGGACAGCUAAUGCCGCUAUUGAAGUUUGUCGCAUGUCAUGUGGUGGCCAUGGUUACUCUCGCAGCAGUGCCUUGCCAGACAUUUAUGUUGAAUUCACACCUACUUGCACAUAUGAAGGAGAGAACACUGUCAUGAUGCUGCAGACUGCAAGGUACCUGGUGAAAAGCUACCGGCAGGCUAAAGCAGGUCAGCAGCUGAGUGGCAUUGUGUCGUACCUGAAUGAAACCGAGCACCGGAGGAUCCAGGCCCAACCCGCCUCUGCCAGACCAACUGUAGUUGACAUUAAUGACCUGGCUAGCCUGGUGGAGGUCUACAAACUAAGAGCAGCCACCCUUGUAGAUCUGGCAGCGAAGAGCAUCCAGCAAGAAUUGCAAAACAGAAAGAGCCAGGAAGAUGCCUGGAACAACAGCGCUAUUGACCUGGUCAGAGCCUCAGAUGCCCACUGUCACUAUGUUGUUGUGAAGCUCUUCACUGAGAAGCUGGGUGAGAUCGGGGACACAGCCAUACACUCAGUGUUAUCAACCCUAGCACUGCUCUACACCCUCCAUGGCAUCACUGAGAACUCUGGAGACUUCCUGCUGGCUGGACUGCUGAAUGUGCCCCAGAUACUGCAGAUCUCGUUGCGUAUUAAAGAGCUGCUUUCUCAGCUGAGACCCAACGCCGUGGCUCUGGUGGAUGCCUUCGAUAUCCACGACAAAAAGCUGAAAUCAGUCCUGGGACGGUAUGACGGGAAUGUCUAUGAGAAUAUGUUUGAGUGGGCUCGCAGGUCACCCCUGAACUCAUCAGAGGUUCAUGACUCCUUCCACAAGUACCUGAAGCCCCUGCGGUCCAAACUGUGAGCUGACCCCAGCACUUUUGCUCCUGGUUGUGACCCGUCAGAUCUACAUCGAUAUGCACAACCUUAAGUAGUUUAAACCCAAUGAUGUGUCUUCACUUUCCAUCAGCUGCAGUUGACCAGAUUUAAGGAAUGUAGAUUUUUCCAGUCUCAUGUCUUUGUGAUGUUGAGAACAUGAGCGCUCACUUAGCGUUAUAAUCAUGUAAUGUACAUACUGUAACAUUUAACAUUUGCAGUGUGUGUUACAUUUGUAAUUCAUGAAAAAGCUGCGAACAGUGUGAAGACGGCCUUAAACAACCCCAGGGUGGCAGAAUAAAAACAAAACUCACAAAGAUCAGUUCCUUAGGCUCAAAAUUAUUUGUCUAUUGCAGAUUUUAGAUUAAUUUUAGAACAUUUACAGUGAAUUUCCACUCAAAGUAUUUUUUUAACAAUUCUUCAUCUUUUCUUCACCUUCUGCCUGAUGGCUCUCUUUUCUCUAACAAGAACAGAAUGUUAUUAUGAAUGUUACAUAAUGUUAGAGCAUUUUAUGUUGGCAACAAACUAACAGAAACCUCAGCUUUGGUUUGUUUCCAUCAUCACGAAAAACGUGAUUUAAGAGAUACAACUUCAGUCUUUGUAUUGAGGAAUUAAUCAGAAAACACCAAUUAUUACAAUUGGUUCUCAUUUUGAAAAUUAAACAGAGUGAACAAAACAAGUGCACUAACAGAGUUGAGAUAAAUCUCCCUCCUUGCCUCCCAUCUGAAAGAGCUCAUCAAACUUAGAUGGUUAUUCUCUCUAAGUUAUGAACGUAAUUCUAACCUAAUUCCUAAUUUGGAGAGUUUGGCUUGAAGUUGAUGUGAAGGAAGUGAAGCAAUUGUCUGUUAACAGAUCUUCAACAGUCUAGAUCCCAAGUUCUUUCCAUUGUGUUUAGAAAGACUGAAUCCAAACUGGAGGGGUCAAAGGAGGGAUUCCUUGCAUUUGGCAGGAAUGAGCAAACUGAGAUAUAAUCUGGUUCCAGAUACAUAUGAUGCUGUGAAUAAUGCAAUUAUUAUUAUAUGUCGAUUUGUCCAAUUUUUUUGUCAGUGAUAAAAUAAGCACCAGUGUUAUAAAGGAUACAGUCUUUCCUUUCCAUCUUGAUCCAGGUAGGGUGUGUUAAAAUAUUGUCUAAACCACAUUACAAUGGUGGACACGCAUAGUAAUGAAGGGAGAAAUUUGGGAGAGCCAUACCCCCCUCUGAUUUCUUCUUACAAAGGUGAGACUUGUUAAUUGUGUGAGCUUUGUCAUCCCGUAGAAAUGGGAUAAUUAUCAAGUCAAGAUUCUUAAAAAAAAACAAAAAAAAAACUACUUUGGUAGAAAAAUCAGAGCCAACUUUUUUUAAGAUAUUCAUCUAUAAUCUUUAUCAGCUGCUUCAGGCAACAACAUAAUAAAAUAAUAAUAGCUCAAAAUGGUUUUAUGUGAAACACAGAAUAUUUCCUUCUUUUUUUUUUUUUUUUUUAGCUUUUCCUAGCUCAAAUUCUUGCAGUACUACAAGCAUGAAGUACAGGCCUGCAGCACUGACCUCUAAAAAGCACAAUAGUAUCGCAGCAAAUUGUUCACUGUUAAUUGAUACUUGUAAGUAAUCAGUCCCUCUUGCAUCAAAAGGUUACUGUAAGUUGGUACUUUGUGUACAAAACAAAUAGCGUUUAUGUUCUUUUCUCGAUCACAACAUUUCUUCCAAUACAUGUUGUCGAAGUGGAAACAAGCCAAAGCUGUACCUCAGUGGCAAAAGUGAAUUUCAAUUACAUUUAUGUUGUUCAAUCCAGUUCUCACACCUACUGUGCAUGCUAUAAUCCACAUUCCAUUAGUAAACAUGAACCUCAAAGGAGAACUGAGAGGCACAUCAGGAGAUGAUCUGAUGAUUUGGGGACUUUUGGAAACUUGCAGAAACUGACACAAGCAUUUCUAAGCUCCAAAUGGAUUAGUUUGUUGAAAUUAUCUGUCUAUGAUCAGGUUUAGGGUUUACAUCAUGUCUCAACACUGUAAAAUAGUUAAAGGAUCAUUGUAACAAAGGGUCACAUUGUACCGUUGGCUUUGUGCAGGUAAUGUACGAUGACAUAUAUCAAUCAUGUAGAAAAGGAGUUGUAUGAGUUUCUGAAAAGGCCAUCUAUGGGUAUAAUAAUCCUCUUCCCUGCUGUGUAGGGUUGAUGUUUUAGGAAGUGGGGUCACACGCUGACUGAAUUCUCUCUCAAUCACUCAGAAACAUUUUAAGCAAAUUUUCACAUAAAGCAGUUGUUAAAUAGUAAGACAUGCCUUGAAUCAUACAAUCUGGGUCACUUUAAAAAAAAAAAAGAUCCCCUACCUUUUUGUUAUUACUGUUUUUAGAGGGAAAGUUGAAUGAAGAAUCAUCGUACCAGGCUGAUAUGUAUGUACUCCACUUCUUAUAAUUGCUGCUAUAUAAUUCUUCACUCAAUUGUAUUUCAAAUUGAGCAAUCCUGAAAGUAAAAACAGAGGAGUUAGUAAGUAUUGUGUCACUGAUGGUACCUGAAAUGGUAAUGUAAUACUUUAUUUGAUUUGAUUGUGAACGUAAUGACAUUCUGAUGUAUAUGGAGAAUUACCACCUUCAGUCUCUUUAUGAACGCUAAUUGUUAUUUGGGGGCAAUAAUCAUGUGCCUGUGAGAGGUCCUUAAUCAUUUUAUAGUUUCAGAACAUCUCUUUAUCUAAGGCUCUGAACAUUUCAUUUGUUUAUUUAGAGACAUUUAAUGUUUAACUUCUUGAUUUCUGCUGUAAAUGUAUGAUUUUCAGGUUUUAUUGACUAAUGCAUUUAUGUGUUUUUGUGAAUAAUGGAUUCCAGUUGAUUUUAAUCGUUUGUAAGUGAACAUUUAAUUUCUAUUAAUAAAAGUCCAAACCAUGAA